GAUAUCGAUAAAGCAAGGAGUAACAAGAAAAGGGACUUUAAGCAGCAUACGCAAGUGCUUAGUGAAAAAGCUCGAGAGAAGAGGGUACCCGUCACACGGAUAGGAAGGCUGGUAAACUUUGGAGGUCUGGCAGUUGGACUUGGCAUCGGAGCAAUCGCAGAAGUGGUCAAGAAGAGUUUAAAACCCAAAGAACGAGGUGACAGCAGGAGAGUUUUGCUUUACGAGUCUGCUGAGGUUGAUCCUCAUGUUUGGGCUUUGCUAAUGAUCUCCAUAUUCAACAUCCUCCAGUAUAUCCACAUCCUCUGCACAUCUGCAAAUGACGCCUUUAUCAACCCUCAGCUGGCUAAAAUCUUUGAACGUGUUCGACAGAGUGCAGACUUCAUGCCUACUAAGCAGAUGAUGAAAGUCAUUUACAAUGAUCUCGGCCCAAACUGGAGGGACAAACUGGAAUACUUCGAGGAGAGGCCAUUCGCAGCCGCGUCCAUUGGUCAAGUCCAUUUAAUUAUAAAAGCGGCUGCAGAUCAGGACAGAGAAGGUGUCCUACUGAAAUCCAGAGAAAUGAAGUUCCUCACAGGAUACGAGUCAAAGGCGAUGGAGAACGCCCACGUGGAUGCGGUGAUGAUCCUCGGGGAGGCCUUCAACUCAGAAAAGCCCUUUGACUUUGGAAUGCAGAGCACAACUGAGCGCAUCCACAACCUCAUCCCAGUGAUGCUGAAAGAGCGUCUCACGCCACCGCCAGAGGAAACCUACUCCCUCCACAGAAAAAUGGGCGGCUCCUUUCUCAUUUGCUCGAAACUCAAAGCUAAAAUCGCAUGCAAGGACAUGUUCCAGGAGGCCCACAGAAACUACUGGAGAGAUGGAGACCCCAAGUCCGCACAUUGAAGACUGCUUUUCCAGAAAGUGUGUUGAAACCAGGAAUUUUUGUCAUGCUGAACAAUUCUUAUCUGCAAAUUUUUGGGCUCAUCGGGCCAGAAAGUGUUUUGUUACGUGAUAUACUAAUAACUGCCUAGAUUUGUUGGGGUUU